AUGGUUGAAUGGACUGAUGCUCAAAUCCGUAUACUUAUUGAUGAGCGUAGAGAUAGAAACGGGGAAUAUCAUAAUUUUGGAAAGAAUCGAAUCAAAUUUUGGGACAGCAUCGCAACCAGAAUUAAUCAAGAACUUAACACGAGCUUUAAUGGUCACCAAUGUAAAGAAAAGUUUAUGAAUCUUGUCCGGGAUUAUAAUUCGAUGUGUGAUUAUAUGGCAGGAAAUCGAAGAGCACGAAGAAGUCGAACGGGUGCGCAAUAUUUCAAUGAAUUCCGUACACAUUUUUGGGAGAGGCCUGAAGAUGAUUUCGAUAGAAUCCGUAACAUGAACACUUCAAACCGUAGACAACGUAGAAUUAGGAGGAAUAAUACACCCGCACCAUCUACUGGAGAAGUUGAACAUGUAUUAGGUCAAACAUCACCCGAUAAUCGAAGAAGCCGAAGAACUUCCAUUGAUAGUCGAAGAAGUCGUAGACGGUCAGCAUCCCCCUCUCAUAAUCCUAAUGUUGGAGCCACAGAUGAAGCGCAAAAUAAUAAUUCUUCAGAAAUGAACCAGAGUCAUGCCGAUUCCAAUAAUGUACCAUCCAAUUUUUCGGAAGAACCAACACGGCAAAAUAUGAAUUUAUCAGAGAACGAAAGUGAUGUUAGCAUGCAUGAUGUAGGCAGUAGCCAACCGCUCUCUCAUAUGGAAUCAAUAAAUGAGGAAGAAAGAUAA